AUGAUGUCCGGCGACGCCCCCCGCGAGGCGCACGCCCUGUCGUUCAGGGUGGCGCGCCUCUCCAAGCCGUCCCUGGCGCUGGAGACGGGCGUCAAGCUGGACCUGACGGUCGACAUGGGCGAGGCCGUGGCCAUCCCCGUGGAGAAGAUGGGCCAGAUGGUGCCCGUGCGCGCCUUUGAGGGCAGGACGCAGUCCGAGGAGGCCGCGGCGACCUUCGGUGUGGACGGCAGCCUGUGCCUGGCGAACAGCCGGCAGGCCAUUUACCUGGGAGAGGGCAGACGUUUUCGUGCUAUGUGA